AUGGAAAGAGAAGAAAGACCAACUCAAAAUAUAUUAAAUCCAAAUGGGAUAUCAUUAGAGUGGUGUUUGAAUGACUUUUUUAAAGAAAAUAUGUUAGGAAAAGGAAAUGAAUGGAAGUGUAGUCAGUGUGGAAAAAAAGUUAAUGCUAGACAAAAGUGUAUUAUUGAAUAUCCUCCAAAUGUUCUUGUUAUUCAACUAAAACGAUUUAGAUACACAGAACAUUUAAGUGUAGUAAAAGAUAAUUCUCUUAUUUAUUUUUCACUUGAAAUUGAUCUUCGUCGUUUUGGAAUGUUAGGGAAAUACCGAUUAAAUUCUGUUGUGAAUCACAGAGGGACACUGAAUAAUGGGCAUUAUUAUUCUUAUUGUAGAUGCGGUUCAGAAUGGUUUGUUUUUAAUGAUGACACUGUAACAAGUCUUAAUACUAACCAAAUUGUGACAAAUAAUGCUUUUAUGUUAUUUUACGAAAGAAUUAAUUAA